AAGCUGGGGCAGCUGGACUUGCUGGACCAGGGCCCGCCUUCGGCCGCCUCCCGCAGACAGCACCACGGCCACCUGGACGACGGCCACCUCGAGGAGCACGACCAAGACACCGGAAGACACCGAGCACCGCGCUUGUAUCCUUGCUAGAGGUGCCGUCGUCCUCGGACACCGCCUAGUCAGUCCUAGUCAGUGUACUCGCCUCCCAGCGCGCAGUCCCAGCCGUCAACGCUACAAUGACCGGCGACCUGGCCAACAAGCGGGUCGACCCCAAGGGCGAGAGGAAAACCGACGUGUACACCAUCUCCGGGGACGGAGACCCGAAGCGGGCCUCCGGGGCGCCCAUCCCCAACUCGGCCUCCGCCGCCUCCACCUCGGCCCUGGUGGGCAGUGCCAGCCACCUGUCGACGCCCAGCGCGCGCCGCCGCAUCCUCUCCGCCUACUGGAUCUUGGGGCUGUGCAACAACUAUGGCUACGUCAUCAUGCUCUCCGCCGCCACCACCAUCCUGGACAGCAGCUUCCUCCCCGACGCGCAAAAAAUCCCCGGCCCCCGAGAGUGUAACGAACUCUCCACCGGGGCCAUCCUCCUCGCCGACAUCCUGCCCAGUCUCUUCAUCAAGUUCAUCUCCCCGUUCUUCCCGCUCUGGAUACACACGCGCAUGUCCGCCGUGAUCGUGUUGAACUUGGCGGGCUUCGUGUUGGUGGCGAUGGCGCAGCAGCUCUGGGUGGUGCUCACGGGCGUGGUGUGCAUGUCCAUCGCCUCGGGCCUCGGUGAGGUGUCCCUGCUGGCCUACACCGCCUUCUUCAAGGACAAGACGGUCAUCACCAUGUGGUCGUCGGGCACGGGCGGCGCCGGCGUGCUGGGCGCGGCCUCCUUCCUGCUGCUCAAGCUGGUGCUGAGUCCCAGGGACACGCUGCUCGUCAUGACCGUGGUGCCCUUCAUCAUGGCCCUCACGUUCUGGGUGCUGAUGGUGCACCCCCGCCUGGACAGCGCCGACGACGAGCCCGUGGCCUCGGGCGAGAAGCCCGUCAUCGUCAAGGUGCACGACGACGUGCCGGUGUCGGCCACCAGGGCCUCCUUCGUGGACAAGCUGCGCGACGUGCCGCCACUGCUCAAGUACAUCGUGCCGCUCACGCUCGUGUACUUCUUCGAGUACUUCAUCAACCAGGGCUUGUACGAGCUGAUCCACUACCCCACUCUGCCCGGCGUCACCCACGCCUACGAGGUCUUCCAGGUCGUGUACCAGGUCGGCGUGUUCAUCUCCCGCUCGUCGGGCAGCUACAUCCACAUCCAGAAGAUCUGGAUCCUGUCCGCCCUGCAGGGCGUGAACGUGAUAUACUUCACCCUGGAGGCCAUCUACGGCUUCUCCAGCUCGGCCUGGGUCGUGGCGGCCAUGGUGUUGCUGGAGGGACUACUGGGAGGGGGCGCCUACGUCAACACGUACUUCUACAUCUCGAAGGAGGUCGCGCCCGAGAAGAGGGAGUUCUCGAUGGCCAUGUCCUCGGUGGGCGACGCCAUCGGCAUCUCCGCCUCCGCCAUCGCCGCCAUCGCCGUGCACAACAAGCUGUGCGAGCUGCCGCUGUACUAAGGCGCUGCUGCACGCGCCCCGUGCCAAGUCUUUGCCGACUUCGUUCACGCGAGUCGAUGACGUCACUCCCACCCUGUGUGCGGCGAAACUCCCCCAGUAUUCGAGCCGUGGUUACCACUCUUUGGCACUUGGUGUUGAAAGCGGGAUGGAUGGACGGAAACGUCAGCACUGCGGCUACUCUCUCUCUGAGCUAGUCGGAAAUGUCGCUGUGUGCUUUCCAACAACGAUUUCGUUGGCUGUGAUGAAAUAGGAGUAUUUCCCAAAGGUCUACUACCUUGAUGCUUGCUCUUGUCAUGUGAAGAAAUAGUGUGUGUUUUAAUUGUUAUUUUUUAUUGUUUUACUAAUAUGUAUUAAUGAAUGAAAGCAUGAUUGAAUGAGUGUGAGAGUGAUCGGGGAAACGAAGGAUGUGUGAAUGUAUGAGUGAAUUAAUUUCAAUGCUAUCUAAAACAUAGUUGUCUAAUUUAUCGGUUUUAAAACAAAAAAGAUUAUGCUGUGAUGUGUUACUACUGUAAGAAGCCAUUUUUGUUGUUUUGGAGUCAGAUGUAAAGUAGGCCCUUUCCCAUUCAAACACUUUUUCAAAAAACAAAUAUCUCUGUUUAUCAGGAGCUGUUUUAUGGGAAGUGCUGCCCUGUACUAUUUCAUUCAUGAUGUUAUCAUCCAACAGAUCCAUGCUCAUUUUAUUGUAGUUUUCCUCUAUGUACAGUAUUCUCUCUUUACCUUGUGAAUACCUUUUCACUUUUGUGGGUAUUAGAUCAUACUAACAGAAUUUCUGUUUAAUAUUUAAAUUUUUUUCCAUGAUGGAAGGUGCUAUGCUGAAUUUUAUCAUAAAAUGUGCUGGUCACACACAGUGAUAUUAGAAUGUUAAUUUUGAUAAAUUGAUGAGUCAAAAGAUUCUUCCUUUAACAUACUUUUUGAAUUUUAUGGUGAGGAUUUUAAUUCAUGACCAAUGAAUUUGUGUUUUUCCUCAUCUCUAUAACGCAUAUGAAAUUAUGCCAAUUAGCUUCCAGUAAUUAAACUAGAAGUCCAUUAUUCUAAGUCAACCCUGUAAGCAGAAGCUGUCAAGAAUGCAUAUUAUUUAUUUAUAUCAUCGUAGACGAUAGACUAAGCCUAGUGUAUCUAGUACAAAAUAAUUAUUUUAAGUGGACGUGUAUUUUUGUAAGUUGAUUAUGUUCUAUUUAACAAAUCCUGUAAAUUAAACUGAACCUAAAGGCA